AUGGCCAAUGUCGAACACAAAGGUCACACUUGCAAGGUCACCCUCUGCCUUUUGUUUCUAACCACAACCUUUUUUAUUGCCAGCUCUGCGAGGAUCCUAGAUGAAGUGGAAUCCCAACCCCAAGCCAUAGGUAAUCUAGCAGCACCUGGAGCUGUCAAUCCUUCAUUCACAACAGGUCCAGCCACAAUCACACCACAGGUAGGUCCAGCCACCACUAUGCCAAUUGGCCAAACACCUGCAGCCACCACCACAUCACAGGUAAACCCUGCAACUACUUUGCCAAGUGGCCAAACACCUGCAGCCACCACCAUCAACCCUGUUGCUGUAGAAGAAUCUGGAGUUGAAGAUGACAAUGCAGAACCCCCAGUUCCAGAAACAGAAGCUCCAGCAGAGGACAUUACACCAGUGGCAACUCCUAACCCAGAGAAAACCCCAGAAGCGCUAGACAUUCCUAAUGCAACACCUGUGGCACCAAAUUCUGUGGCAAAAGAGCCAUCCUUCUCUUUCUUCAUGCAUGACAUCCUUGGAGGGUCACAUCCAUCAGCAAGAGUAGUGGCAGGAAUUGUAGCAAACACUGAUGUCACUGGCCUACCAUUCUCCAAGCUCAACAACAACCUCUUUCCAAUCACUGGAGGAAUCCCACUGGUCAACCCCAAGCUCAAUGGCAUCAUCACCAACAACAACCUUCCAAACCUUGUUGGUCUCAGUGGUGCACAAUCCUCCACUGUGUUCAAGAACAGUGGCACCAGCAACACUGUAACUGGUAGCAACAACCAGCCAUUUGUCUCGGCAGGUAACCUCCCUGCAGGGAUCUCCAUCCAGAAGCUCAUGUUCGGGUCGGUGACAGUGAUUGAUGACCAAUUAACAGAAGGGCAUGAGCUAGAUUCUGCUGUGAUUGGAAGGGCGCAAGGGUUCUAUAUGGCAAGUUCAUUGGAUGGCACUAGCCAGACCAUUUUGCUGACUAUUUUGGUGCAUGGUGGUGAACAUGAUCAACAUCAUGAAGGAUUGGAGGACAGUAUAAGUCUCUUCGGGAUUCAUAGAACAGCUUCAACGGAAUCUGAGAUAGCAGUGAUUGGUGGAACUGGGAAGUAUGAGGAUGCAAGAGGGUAUGCUUCACUUGAGACCCUUCUGAAGGAGGACCAGCACACCACCGAUGGGGUGGACACCAUCCUGCAUUUCAAUGUCUAUCUCACUCAGUAG